UUUAUGCCAGACACGACAAAUAAAACUUAAAAUGAGCAAAGCUCCAAAAAUCAACUCUCCCCCGCGCAAGACCUGGCUCUCAGCCCACGGUUCCACCACAACCCUCGCCUCCCAGCUCUCGGACGCCUCGAGCCGCUCUUCACUGGGUGGCCUCUCCGCCCCCAAAUUUGCCCGCUCCGUCACCAGCCAACGGCUCCGCCCACGAACCAUCGACAACCUCCCUGCGGAAGCCGGCAAGCUGCACAAGCUGGGCUCGGUACCGGCGUAUCUUCGUCGGAACCGACCUGCGACGUCUCCAGCCGAUGCGGCCAAGUCCAAGCAGCUGGUGCAGCUUGACAGCGGAGUCGGUUCGGAACCGUUGGAUUCCGGGGUGGAGGUGGCCGCCGGGCGUCCGGAGGGGUCUGCUGUAGAGGAACUGAAGCUUGAACCAGCUCUCGUGGAAGCCAAGAAGGAGGCGUUUGUCGAGCCGAAAGCGGUUCCGGCCAAGCGGCCUAGGGUUUCGGGACCUGCAAAGGACCCGGUCAAGCUGGAGCAGUGCGAAGCCUUCCAAAAGCUGUCGAGUUGCGUUGAAGAACUGAAAAGUGAGUUGGCCCAGAGGAACGUCGAGUAUGCCAGCUUGGCACAGAGCAAUGCCGCCUUGACGCAUGAGAAUUCCGUGAUGGCCAGCCGAGUGGAGGCUUUGGAGAAGCUGGUGAAGCCGCCGCAGGCGGAAGCAGUCACGGAGAACGAGGAAGCUCAGAAUUUUCGCGAUGCCAUGCAAGCUAACGUCCGAAUUCAGGACGAAGCGCUGGUGGGCCUGCGGGACAUGCUGCUGAACUCGGUGGGAAGGGAGCGAUCUGCCAAGCUGGACGAGUCCGUGCUGCGAGCGCUGGUGAAGCAGAUGCAGGAGUCAAGUCUGGAGAUGAGGCAACUGGUCAAAAACAAUCGCCAACUGAGUGAAGAAUUCGUCAACCCAGAUGAUUUGGCUCAAGCAGAAGCAAGUAUGCAAAAUUUGCUGGAUGUUGGUUUAGGCGAGAUUGUUACCGGAAGAAUUGUGUACGACUAGGCUGGUUGUUGCUUCCAUAUUAAUGUUUAUUACUGUUA